CCGCGUGCAGACGGGACGGUGCAGAUCGCUGUUUGGGUUUGGCGUUAUUCGGCGUUGGUCGCUGCGUGCGUGCGAGCGAGCAAGUGAGAGAUGAGGCCUUUACGUUCCACAACUUUCAUAAUGUGACACUGAGUGGAGUACUACGCAUCGCCUAAAGUGCAUUUAAACCAUUUGAACGAUGGUGUUCGAAUCACUAGUCGUUGAACUUCUCAACAAUGUUCUCGGCGAUUAUGUUGAGAAUCUGGAUACGUCCCAGCUCAAACUUGGGAUAUGGGGAGGUGAUGUCAACCUGAAAGAUCUGGACAUUAAGCAAAGUGCCAUUGAUGACUUCGAGUUACCAUUUCGAGUGUCAUAUGGACACAUAGAUAAGCUUACGCUUAAGAUACCAUGGAAAAACCUCUAUGGGUCUCCGGUUUCUGCUGUCGUUGAGGGUGUCUAUGUCAUUAUUGUGCCAAAAUCUGGCAUCAAGUAUGAUCCGGAAAAAGAAAAGAAACUCCUGAAGGAAGCAAAACAGAGAGAACUGGAUCGGAUAGAGCUGGUAAAACAAAAGGAGGCUCAGAAAGACAAUCCAAAAGGAGAGAAGCAGGAUACCUUUAUGGAAAAGUUGACAGCACAGAUAAUUAAGAACUUGCAGAUACGUGUGAAGAACAUCCACAUUCGCUAUGAGGAUGCAUUUACAAUCCCGAAGCACCCGUUUUCUUUUGGCAUCACUUUGUUCAACCUCUCCUUUGACACAACGGAUGAAAACUGGGAUCUAUGCAUCCUUGAUGAAUCUGUCAAACUGGUUCAUAAGCUCGUUAAUAUCAACAGCUUUGCAGUGUACUGGAACUGCAACUCGGAACAUUUCCUUGGUAAUGAAGCGUGGGUUACAAAGAACCUUCUCCAGGAACGCAUCACAACAGAGGUCGUCAAGCCAAAAGAUAUCUCGUAUGUUUUGGGACCUAUAUCCUCUGUCGCCAAGCUAAAAAUGAACACCAAGCCUGAAACAUACCUGUACAGUAAACCGGGUAUCACACUGGAUAUCUUGGUCUCGGAAAUUAGCAUCGGACUAAGCAAGCUGCAGUUUCGUGAUAUAAUGGCACUGCUUGAGUCCUUGAACAGGCUGGCCAUUGCUGCUCAUUACAGGAAGUACAGACCCAACGUUCCAGUACAUGGAAACUGCAAACUAUGGUGGCACUUUGCGUACGAAGCUAUACUAGAGGAGCAUGUAAGGAGGAGAAGACGAAACUGGUCUCUUAAGCACAUGCAUGCACACGUUGUCCGAGUCAAAGAGUACAAAGAGCAGUACAAGCUGAAGCUUCAGUCGAAGGAGUCACCGGAGAAGCUGCAGGCUCUUGAAGAUGCACUUGAUGUCUUCAAUAUAACCCUUGCAAGAAAACAAGCUGAACUAGAAGUAGAAGAGCUUUUGCUCACAUCUCCAAAGCAAGGCUGGUUGUCCUCUUGGUGGUAUGGGGGACAGCAGCCCUCAACAAGCACAGAAGGCAAGGACUUGGUGAAGCAGUUUGAGAAAGCUAUGACAGCUGCUGAGAAGCAAAAGCUCUAUGCUGCCAUAGAUUACCAGGAGAACUCUGUGCCUCCAGAUUACCCUGCUUCUUACAUAGAACGCAAGUUGAACUUCCUGUUGAAGAACCUGUCCUUGUCUAUCCACGAUGAGAGUAAAUGCUGUGUCAUCAUAAGAGUCAUCUUGGACGACAUGUCGGCAAGCUUCGAGGAGAGGCCUAGAGGGAAUGCCAUAAAGCUGGAAUCCAAGAUAGAAAGAUUCAAAGUGUUGGGAUUUCCGGAGAAGCAGUCAGAUUUCUGCACUCUUAUUUCGUCUGAGGAUGCCGUUACGCAUGUUGGAAAGUCCCUUUUGACGUUUCUCUACGAGACGAAGCCCUUGGAUGGAGCAUGUGACGAAAGGAUUCAUCUGUUUGCUGAACCGGUUGAAAUGACAUUUGAUUCGGAGGCCAUCUCUGCUCUCGUGGAGGUGUUCAAACCCCCAGAGGAGGUACCGCUAGAACAGCUUCAUGCUCGAGCAGCAUCACGGUUAAGAGACUUUAGGGAGAUGUCAGCCACCGGUUUGCAGCACGCAAUACAAGAGAGGAAGGCUUUGGACUUGCUGGUAGACCUCAAGCCAUCCUACAUGCUGAUCUAUGAGGGAGGAAGAAGAAGAAAGGGAAAGCAUCUAUUAGUAGUCAGCUUUGGUCAGCUCUUUGUCCAUGGAGUUCCAAGGAGUCGUAGGGCCCCAACGGUUUCAGAGUUAGUCAAGUCUGGGAGCACAGAGGAUGAAGUCAUGUCAGCAAUGAUACUCCAGGCUUAUGACAAGUAUAACAUUAAACUCACUGCAACUGAAGUGCUUAUUUGCCCACCAGACAAAGAUUGGAAACCUUCCUUGAGAAGCGGCAAAUCCGACUCCCAUGUUCUCCAACCAACAGACAUCAUCGUUGACAUACAAAAGUCCAUUGUGGAAGAUGACGCUCGUUUACCAAAGGUGAAGGUGAUGGGCACGCUCCCCUUGCUGCGUGUUUCUGUAACCGACUUCAAGCUGGUACAAGUUUUGAAAGUGCUCAAUAGUAUACCAAGCAUUGGACCCAGUGAACCAACAAUUGCAAACGCUCCUUCUGAGACCACUACUGUGGAUAGAGUGGAGGUUCAACUACCCAGUGAAGUGCCAACAGAUGCCGCAUUGGGUGUUGUACCCAAAGGAGAAGAAAGUGAGCCCUCCGAAGCAGCCGUACGUGACAUUCACGAACAAACUGAUGUGGAACUCAACUUCGAAGUCACUGAAGUUGUCCUCGAGAUCUGUCAAACGAAUGAACAAAAACCAAAAGAACUGAAGCCAGUGCUGAUAUUUCAAGCACACUACAUCUGCUUGAAGCUAGAGGUUCACCCAUUGGACAUGGUGUGUCAACUCUGCUUGAAAAAGGCCAUACUACAGCACAUGGACUUCAAAGCACCAGGAGAAGAGGGCCCACUUCGGAUUCUUGAUUCAACUGAAGACCCUGGCACAGGAAAUACCAUCAGUAUCCUCUAUGUGCAGACGAACAAGAAACACCCUGACUUUGCGGGUAUACGCAACUCUGUUCUACAACGGGCAUCCCUGGAUGUGUCUGAGCUUGUGCUUGUUCUCCAUGAGCAAUCUAUCUCUGCAUUGAUGAGCCUGGCAAACAAUAUGAGUGAACAGCUGGGACAUGUUGGUCAGGAGUCCAAAGUGGUGGCGACCCAGGAGCAAGUGCAGCAGCAGGUUCCUCAGCCCCACGGCACCAAGGUUCAGGCUGCUGUGGGUAAGAGGGAAGCAAAGGAAAUCAUCAGCAUGGACAUCUUUGCAACCCUCUCGGGAUUCGCUGUUGCCAUUUGUAACCAAAAGCGGACAGUGUGUGAUAUUCUCAUUCGUGGUAUGGAGGCCGGGUUGACUAUUUACUCUGCAAGGACUGUGCUAAAAAUGAAUCUAAAAACAGUUGGAAUCUACGAUCCUACUCCUGGAACUGUGCACAAAAAUAUCCUUGCACUGGCUGGAGAUGAAGUCCUGGAUCUUGUUAUAACAACAUAUGAGGAGUCUGGUAGUGAAGGAUACGUAACAAUGGACAAGGUGGAUGUCAGCGUGAAGGGCACCUUUGGUCGAAUGCAUUUUGUAUUCCUGUACAAGUUUUAUCUGGACAUUAUGAACUUUGUCGACAAGUUUCAGACAGCAAAGCAGAAGAUAGCAGAGGCCAGUGUAACAAUGGCCGAAGCAGCACGUGCUGGCGUGGAGCUGGCUUACCAAAAGGCCUACAAGAUGGCUUUGGACAUCUGCAUUGAAGCCCCCAUUUUCUACUUGCCUCAAAAUUCAAAGUCUCGUAACAUAGUGGUUGCCGACUUUGGAGUACUACACGUGUGGAACAAAUUUUAUUUGGCUGAGCACAGCAGACGAGAGUCACCGAUAUUGCUGGAAGAUAUGGUCAUUGAAUUUGACAAGCUCAAGCUGUCACGAUUCACCAUGAAGAUUCCCAGCCAUGACGACGAUGUAGAGUUUCCACUCUUGGAACCCGUCACUUUCAAGAUGAACAUGACGAGGAACAUGAACUUCAGCACCCACCCAGAAGUUCCUGAAAUGAAAAUGUCGGGGCUGCUUCCAAAGUUGGAUUUCAUGCUGAGCGAAGAAGACUACUGCGCAAUAAUGCGAAUCUUGGAUGAGAACAUGAAUGAGGUUCCCCAAGAUGUUGUGGUGCCACCUUAUGCAACCCCACCUCCUUUGCCACAGCAGAGCUACAGCACUGAAGGGAAAUCUUCUCGAGAGCGCAUGGACACGAAUCGAGAGCUUAAUCUUGAUGGCGGCGUCAAAAGAGCAAUCAGAAUCGACUUGUCCUUUCAGAUUGAUUCUCUUAUUUUGAACCUUUAUGCUAAGCGCUCAAAAAAGGUGACAGAGGGACUGGCUAGGCUGGAAAUCUUGGUGUUGUCUCUCAAAGGAAAUAUGUUUCAUGAUGGGUCCUUCUGGAUGGACACAGUCCUUUGGAACCUCAUAGUGGAUGACACAAGAGCGUGCAGAAAAAAAGGUCUCACCAGGUUCUUGACAAAGUCUAGCAAGAACAACGAGAAAUUAGUGGAUGUACUGUACAAAGUGGACCCUGCUGGAGACUUCUUCUGUCAGACUACCAUAUCCAGGAUAAUGUUUGUAUACUGUGUGGACUUCUUCAAUGCAUUCAUGCGCUUCUACAACCUGGAUAACAUGUACGAACAAGCCAAAGAAAAGGAACAACGGCUUUCGGCGAAGAAGCAAGCCCAGGUAUCUGUACCAACAGCGACAGACACUACAUCACCAGCUAUGCCACCGUAUCCUGUCCGUAAUUACACUGUACUUUUGGAAAUGGCAAGGCCAGACAUAGUGCUCGUAGCUGACAUCGAAGAUGUGCAGUCUCCUUGCAUUAUUUUGAAGAGCAGCAUUCAUGUGAAGAUGAGGCAAGUGGCGACAACUCAGACUAUGUCAGUCACUAUGGAAGACCUCAAGAUGUACACAUCAUCCGUAGACUCCCUCCUAGAGGAGCACGUGCUGUCUGAAAUCCUGAAGCCUACAAUGAUCAGCUUGAACAGUACAUAUACUGUUGAGAAUGGCCAGCACAUGGAAGUUACAACAAGUCCAAUUGAAAUUCACAUCAUCCCCGGAGCAGUAGAGAUUCUCUCCAAAAGCUUCAGCGCCCUCAGUGCUCCUGGUCCUGAGGUGCAGUCUGGCCAAAUAGUUGAACCAAACAACCUUGGCGUGUGGAACGUAACAGCACUGGAUAAAAGCAAGCUGUGGUACUUGGAAGAAGAAGCUGUCAAAGUUGGUACGGAUGCCUUAGAAGCGCAGGAGAUUGCCCCUCAAGAAACACCAGCUGCAUGCAAAGAUGAACAAGCGCUCCUGACAGCAAAGUCAAUCGUAGUAACUGUUGAGCAAGGCUCGGACAACCGUACCAUUCCUAUGCUCCUUUGGAGAGCUUCGUUGGAAGCUGAAGUGCUGGACUGGUCAUCCGAGAUGAGCAUUCGAGGAUUCCUCGGCUCAGUGAUAUCUUACUACAACGAGAAGCUGGCUGUGUGGGAGCCUCUGGUUGAGCCACUUGAAGUUCCUGGAGGUCGCAAGGCAUGGGAAAUUGCACUCAAGGUGGACAGGCACUUCGUGGGUGAAGAGGAGCAAGAUUCAGCACAUUUACCUCCAAUGUAUUCCAUUGAGGUUCUAGUUGAAGAUGCCUUAGAAGUGACAAUCACUAAAACAGCCAUUCAAGUGGUACAAGACCUUGGAGUGGCAUUCGGUGAAGCCAUGAGCCACACCACAUGCGAUCACAAGCGGCUAGAAUCUCCCUAUGUUGUAAAGAACUUCUAUGGGAUACCAGUCCACAUAAUCCUGGAGGGAACAAAUUUCUUGCGCGAGCCCCCAGAACCCACGACGCAGUCUCGGGUCACACAUAAGGUGGCUGCCCCCGAUGCAGACGACGACAUCGAUGAGGUGAUACUGGAACCCGAAGCAGUUGUCCACCUCAGUUUCCGUGAGAGUACUGUUGGAGAGGAAGAUAGGACACGGCCUGGUCUAAUAGAAUUGAACCAGCAGACUUUACAGGAAGCCAACUUUGCAGUGGAGAUAGAGGAAGGUGGGGUGUCGGCUGUACGUAAAGUGUGCGUGACUUAUGCGGACAAGCGGUACUUCAAGCUGCCCAUCACCAGCUACCCAGGGGACGAGUGGGCAUUCAUUGUGGACACAACGUCCCACUAUGGCUCAAAACUUGUCAUGGUCUAUUCUGUGUGUAAGAUAACGAACCACUUCUCUGUUCCAAUUGAAGUGUACUACUUGAGUGAGCUUGACGACAUGUCAACAGAGCUCCAUCGUUGUGGAUGCAUUGAGCCUCACAAGAUUCUCCAUGUCCCUGUUCAUGCACUGUACACCAAAACCAGUGAGCUGUUCUUCAAGCCAGCAGGCGAUAAAUACAAUGUGUCCAUCGACCCUUUCGUCUGGAAGACAUUGAGUGAUGAGCCUUCCCAAAAUAGAGUCCUGCAGUGCUUAUCAAAAUCUCAGAAAGAUCACUAUUUUUUCAUCAAUGUUUCUGGAAAAGCUGAGCCAGUGAGGUUUGAUGAAAGCAGUGGGAAGGAGCAAAAUAUGCACCUGUACAACAUAGAGCUCCACCCCACUGUUCUAGUGCGGAACUUGCUACCAUGCGGCCUUUACGUGAAACUAGAGAGCAUGACAAAAACGUUUCUCUUGGAAGCUGGUCAAGGCGUGGAGCUGUGGAACGCCGAGAUAGGUGAAUCAAACCUCCAGCUCAAGUUGAUGGGCUACAGGGAUAUGGACUGGUCCUGCACAAAGCUGUUGGAAGCCUGUAUGGAGGAACUUUCAGUUGUUACGUUCGAGACUCCAGAUGGCUCUCAGAUGGAUCUUGGAAUGCAUGUGGAAACAAAUAAUAGUUGCGUUAUCAUAGGAAUGUACUGUCCAUUCUGGAUGGUCAACAAAACUACAGUGGACAUUCACUACAAGCCUGGUGGACAUAGGAGUGUGUCGCUAAUGUCACAAACAUCCUUUGAAUAUGACACAGAGGACUCUAUGGGAAUUCCUCACCCUGCUACCUAUGAGGAGCCUGUUCUCUUUUCGUAUCGCUCAAAAACGCUCUUCACCAGGAAAAAGGCUGCAGUGAAACUCUUCAAUUCUGAGUGGUCAGAAAAAUUUUCUUUGGAUGCUGUUGGGAGCUCUGGCACUGUCAUUGCCAAGUCUAAAGAUGGUGAGACAUACUUGCUAAGUGUGGGAAUCACCUUGAGCACCACAGGCCUUACAAGAAUUGUGACUUUCACCCCAUACUAUCUCGUCUUGAACAACUGCAAGUUUGCCAUAGAGGUCAAGGAGUACGUGGAGAACACUGACUGGAUUACGAUUCAACCAGAGGAGUGUAUUCCUCUGUGGCCAAAACAAGCUCAGAAGCUUGAAAUGAUGGCCAGGUAUGCAGGCACUCUAGAAUCCACUGUGCCUUUCUCCUGCAAGGAAACAAACUCUGUCUUACUAAAGCUUGCAAACAAGAAAGGCGGAAUUUACAUGAGCUGCCAUGUAACUGAAUCUGCUGCCGUGGUCACAUUCUGUGAUUAUGAAGAUGGACUUUCUCCAGUGCUGCUUGUCAACCAUAGCAGCUGUCGCAUCAGUUACUGCCAACUGGGAUACAAAGACACAAACACAUAUUUCUUACCAUCUAAGUGUGUUGUGCAUUACACGUGGGAUAACCCGAUGGCGAAAAGAUCGCUCACGUGGGGCACAGAAGAAAACCCGAAGUUCUCCAAGCUUGAUCUCUUGAUGGACGACUGUGAUCAAGUAGAUUUCGAAGGAAGGAAGUUGUUCUGGAUAGCCUUUCUGAAUGGCAAGCAACGAACUGUUUUGUUCACUGAAGAUCCUCAGAUUGUUGUGAAGAUACAAGAGUCAGGAGCACUGGAGAGAAACAUCUACGAUGUUGCACUUAGUGUGCAUGGGGUUGGUGUCUCCCUGGUGAACGACAAUCCCAAAAGAGAAAUAGUCUACAUGUCCAUUGUUGGUUCUGGUGUUAAGUGGGAAUGGAAGAAAGAACACAAAACCAUCUUCAAACCCAUGCCAUCAAAAGAAACUCCUUUAGUGGAAGCUCAGUACCAACAAUAUCAGAACUUGUGCAAGCUUGGAAGAAAUCCUCAGACUGAGUACCCGGUUGCGGGCUACAUGGUAAAUUUCCAAGACAUGAAGGCAAACACAGAACCAAGGCGGGACGUACGCAGACUCGCAAGACCAGGAAUUUGGUGCCAGUACAAGAUGUCCAAGCAUCAGUCCAUGAUCCAUGCCAGGCUGCAUAUGCUUCAGGUAGACAACCAGAUACCUGACUGCACCUUCCCUGUAAUUUUGACCCCUGUAAUCAUCAGGAGGUCAUUGGGUGAAGGAAUGAUACCUAAGCCGUUUAUUGAAACUAGCAUCAUCAUACGGCAGUUUGAUUAUUCUCAAGUGCGGCAGUUCAAGUACUUCAAAGUACUGAUUCAAGAGUUCCACAUCAGGAUAGACCAGUGCUUUGUAAACUCUCUCACAUCCUUUACUUCUAUCAAUGAGAAGGACACGGAUCACGAACAGCUAAUUGAUCAGGAUAAGCUCAAGGUGAAAGUGAACCUAAAAGAAGUUUCAGAGCAGUUCUCUGAGCAAGGCACCAAAGACUUCUUCGAUAUGCUCCACUUCUCACCCUUGAAGGUCCAUCUAAGUUUCUCCUUGUCAACUGGCGGCAAAGAAAGCAGUGGUUCACCUUUGUUCAACCUCUUGCUGCAGAGCUUCGGUGUAACCCUGACUGAGAUACAGGAUGCUGUUCUAAAGUUGGACUACUUUGAGAAGAGCAACGCCUAUCUGUCCAUGAACCAGCUAGUCAAUGAAGCUGUUUCUCACUACACACGGCAGACCCUGAAGCAAAUCUAUGUGGUUGUCCUUGGACUGGAUGUGAUUGGCAACCCUGUUGGCCUGCUCAUGGGCUUCACGACUGGUGUGGGGGACCUGUUCUAUGAGCCCUUGCAGGGAGCAAUUCAGGGUCCGGAGGAGUUUGCUGAAGGCUUGGCAGUGGGAGUAAGGAGCCUUAUUGGCCAUACCGUCGGUGGGGCAGCAGGUGCUGUCUCUCGUAUAACGGGUACCAUUGGCAAAGGCAUAGCUGCUCUCACUAUGGAUGAGGAAUACCAACGAAGGAGACGUCUGGAACAAAACCGGCGUCCCAACGACAUAGCAGAAGGCAUUGCACAAGGUGGAAGAGACUUCGUGAUGGGGGUUUACGAAGGAGUUACAGGGAUCGUAACAAAGCCUGUGGCAGGGGCUAGGGAAGAAGGCAUCAGUGGCUUCUUCAAAGGCGUCGGCAAAGGCCUCAUAGGAGCAGUAGCCCGACCCACAGCUGGGGUUGUUGACUUUGCAAGUGGUUCUUUUGAUGCCGUCAAGAGGGCCACUGAUGUGGUAAAUGAGGUAUUCCCUGUGCGACCUGCCCGUUUCAUUCGCCCAGACGGCAUCAUUCGACCGUACAAUCUUAUGGAGGCACAAGGCAACAGACUCUUGCAGGAUGUAGACAAGGGGAAAUUUGCCGAAACCGAUGUCUACAUUGCCCACUUGAACAUCUGUGAAGAGGGCAAGAACGUGCUUCUUGUCACCAACAAGCGGAUAAUGUUCAUUCUGCGUGGUGAUGUAUUCGGACAAUGGAAUUCCGAAUGGAAUUAUCCUUGGGAUGAUGUCAAAGAAGUACCAACGCUCACUGACAAAGGCAUCAAAGUACUUCUUAAGGAGCCUAAGAAGAAAGCCCUCUUCGGGUCGAAAGAGAGUGGAAAGAUCAUCCACGUCAAAGACAAAAUUGCUGCCAAGCAUAUUUUGCACAAGAUUGAAGAAGUCAUGAAGAAGCCCAUGUGACCAUCCAGGCUUCCUGCAUUGAUCAGUUGCUGAACAGCUUGGAACUGCAGCUUCAGCUUUGUUAUAGAGCUUCAACAAUGCACAGAUGCAAACUACUUUUGCAUUCAAAGUAUUUUAGGAGGCACCCUCCGAAUUUAUAUAUUGCAGAAUUCCUUAACUUGCUGCACAAUGACUACCUAUUUAACUACUGUUUUAUACCGGGAUAUUGUUUUGAGUGCUGAUUUUGCUCAUUGACACAUUCUGCAUUGCAAGUGUCUUUAAAUGUUAAUUCAGAUCUUACACUUUCCAACAAACUGGAAGGCUGUAACUGAUCACAGCUAUAGUUCUAUUCUUUAGUACGUAUCUUUUUUAUAUUUUCAUGAUCUGGUAAAGUAUAUGUGUUUUUGCCAUGAAAGUAAGAUGGACCUUAAUGUAUAGCAUAAGUGAAUGAGCUUAUAGUAGUGGAUUUUUAAGGAUUGCCCUUCCUGAGACCAAUGUAUUGCCUUCAGGUACUCACAAAAAUAUGCCUUCCUCAAUGACCCACGUGAUGUCUUUACCAUGGCACAUACAAAUGCGUCGGGUCCAUCGGUGUACAAUAUCGAGAUUAUACUGUGAAAAUGUACAACCAAAGAAAUCCUGAAUACAUUAUGCAAAUAUUUAAGACAUGACUAAUGAUGUGGUUAUUUGAUUCAUAUGGUCCAAUGUAGGAUUCUAAAGCCAGUUUUCCAUUUUGGUGCUGCAUAGAAGCGACAUGUUUUUGGUAUGGUACGUUCUAGUCUGGGAAUACAAUUGUUGAAUAGCUGCUAUGGAUGUUCUGAACUAUGUUGUACCUUGUAAUAAAGCCAGUUGCUGAUGCAUAAAGCU